AUGGAGAACAUCUCAAUCAUUCAGAUUGUGUCCAUGUUCUCGAUCGGCGCGUACAAUGCCCUCGAAACAGGGAUCGUUGCAUUCGAUACCUUCAAACACUAUCGCAGCCUGUAUUUCUGGAGUAUACAGGUUGCAUCGUGGGGGAUCCUCGUGCAUGCUCUUCCUGCCAUGGCUCGUUUCAUCUCUCAAGCAUCCAACCUCGCAACGUCAAUUCCCUUCAUGAUCGGAUGGUACGCGAUGGCUACCGGCCAAGCCGUGGUACUCUACUCACGUCUGCACCUCGUUGUCUCCAACGUGAGAAUGUUGCGGUGGGUUCUAUGGAUGAUCAUCACCAAUGCCUGCAUCCUGCAUAUCCCAAUGACCGUCCUCUUCUUCGGUCUCAAUAACGGCGACUCACGCUUCACUCGGCCUGCCGUGAUAUUCGAUCGAAUUCAAUUGACAGGCUUUUGCAUACAAGACUUCAUCAUCUGUGGCAUUUACAUAUACGAAGCAAUUCGUGCUUUCAAGAAGAUCAGUACAGUCCGCGGUCGCAACAGCCGCAGCGCAAUCAUCCACUUACUUUGCAACAAUUUUGUGGUCGUAUUCCUGAAUAUCCUACUCCUCCUCGCAGAAUACAAGCUACACUAUAUUCAGGUGAGCUUCAAGACUGUGGUGUACAGCAUUAAGCUGAAGUUGGAGUUUUCUGUGCUCAACCGUCUUAGCUUGCUGGCUCUCCCCUGGCUGUCUUUGUGCUUUGAGUGGUUGCCAUAUUGUCAUCAACAGACGCGCCGGUGA